CAAAACAAUCAGUCUGCAAUGUUAACCAUCAACUAAAGCCACAAAACCAUGUGGUUAUGUUUUUGUUUAUGAUUGACAUAUGCAAUGCCAAGAAGUUUGAAACACAGCAUAAUAUAAAUUAGAUAAUAUUUAAGAGUGCAAUCAAUGUUGAAACUAUUUUAUUUGAUUUUAAAAUUUUAUAUUAAUUUAAAUUCUCUGCAUCAACUUUUUCAAAGAACAAUUGUGUGAUAAUUAUUAAAAAUAAUAAUGGAGGAGAAAAACACAAAAAAAGAUGCUAAAUUAUUAGAAACUUCAUUUUUACUUACUGUUACUGGAGUUUCAGUUGUAGGAGGUUUUGGCAUGGCAUUAGCAAUGGCAAAAAAAAAAGAUCCUGUUUAUUUCCUUAAAGGUAUGAUGGCUACCAAAGAGCUACCUGAAAGUGGUGGAUCCUUAGCAAUGAGAGCUCUCGGAUGGGGUACUUUAUAUGCUGUUACUGGCUUUAGUGCUGUUUGUUAUGGAAUAUGGAAACUGAUGGGUGUGAAUAAUCUAGAAGAAUUUCGACAAAAAGUUGGAAAAAAUCUUCCUACGAUCCCAAAAAGUGAAAAUCCUGGUCGAUCUGAUUUCAAGAAUUUACGAGAACUUCUUAACUAUAUAAUUUCAGAAAGUGAAAAGGAAAAGAAAAAAUGAUGUGGAAAAAGCAUAGAACUGUUAUUUAUAAUCCAUGUACAACUCAUCUUGUAAUGCUAUAUGUCAUUUGAAAUUAAAAUAUUUUAGUGAGUA